UAGACAAAAAAAAUCCGUCUGUCAUCAUGGCGUUAGAAGCUUUGUGCGGAAUUUCUCAUAAUUUCGGGUUUGGUAAAAAGACUGAAUCCGAAAAUGACAUCAAUAACUUUAUUCAGAAAAGCUGCGGAAAUCUGAGUAUUCAUUCACAACUUGCAUUGCCUCCCUUUAACGAUAUAUCUACUGCAGCGAAUGUUUUUCAUAAGGAUGAAUAUGGAAAUCGUGUUGCUAUUCAGUUUAACAAAGGCACCACUACUCUAGGUUUUAAGUACAAUGGAGGUGUAAUUAUUGCUGUAGAUUCCAGGGCAACAGGAGGCUCAUACAUUGGAUCUAAUGAAGUAAAGAAAGUUAUUGAAAUAAAUGACUACUUACUUGGCACCAUGGCUGGAGGAGCGGCUGAUUGUGUCUAUUGGGAACGAAUACUUGCUGAAAGAUGCAGGAUAUACGAACUUAGAAAUCGAGAACGAAUAUCUGUUGCUGCUGCAUCUAAAUUGCUGGCAAAUGUUAUGUUUAAUUAUAAAGGAAUGGGCUUGUCUUUGGGUGUGAUGAUUUGUGGCUGGGAUAAGAGAGGUCCUGGACUGUAUUAUGUUGACAGUGAAGGUAAUCGUUUCCCAGGAAAUAUAUUUGCUGUUGGUUCAGGUGGAACGUAUGCAUAUGGUGUGCUGGAUAGUGGAUAUAAGUAUAAAAUGGAUGAUGAAGAAGCCUAUGAACUGGGACGUAGAGCAAUUUAUCAUGCUACUCAUCGAGAUGCUUACAGUGGUGGCAUUGUUAGAGUUUAUCAUAUGCAAGAAACUGGUUGGAAGAAAAUAAGUGAAGAAGAUUGCACUGAUUUACAUUACAAGUACUUAGAUGAGAAAAUGGUGUAAACAGACUGUGUGUCACAUAUUUUACCUUUUGUCAAAAAUUCAGUAAAUAAAAUGUUUUGUAAU